ACUAUUCAUAUUUUUACUUCAAAUUUUUUGGAAAAUUUUGGACAAAUCAUGAGCUCAAUAAGGGAAAGAAGUCUAGGUGUAUUGCAACUUAACUGAUAAGAGCUCAAAACUGUUUUAUCUAUUCAUAGGUACGGCUGUAGUUCCGUUGUAAUUAGUUAUAUAUGCUCGCGUCGACCUGUGGUGGGUAAAUCGAGUAGCCCCAGCGGUACAUGAGCCUGGAAAUUUCACUUUAAAGAAAAUGCCAGUCCAAAAAGCCAUCGAGAAUUUUCAACCUUAUAUCAGCAAGUCUUUUCUGAAAAGUGUAAUAUAUGCCACUUUUCCUGGAGCGAUCUGCUACAUCUUAACAAGUAAUCAUUAUUUAUCAAGACGAGUAUUCUUUGGAGUAGCUGGUAUCACUCUUUCAGGAUACCUAUACUCAUAUGGCAGUAAGGAAAUGAAAAAAAUAGGACUGUCCGUGAAAGACCUAGUUACAAUGGAUGAUGAAUAAUUUGGAAAAUGAUGCAAUUAUGUGUUUCGAUGUAUCUGUGUAUGGAUGGCUCUCACCAAAACGGAGACGACUCUGUUGUGUAACAGACUGUUUUGUUACAAUUAUAGAUGUUUGUGAAGUGUAGGAAUGUCCAAUGUAUGGAUAAUUUUGAUUUGUCGCCUGUGUGGAUGAUGAUGUUGGUGUAUAUGGUUAUUAGUAUAAAUGGGUCUCUAAUGCGUAUAAAAGAGUAUUCAAAGGAUAAUUGUUUAACACCUUUAAAUAAAGAGAUCAGGUUGUCAGAUAGCGCAGUGGUAACACACUCGUGUUUCAUCUAGCUGUCCAGGGUUUGAUUCCUGGUAUGGACGUGAAAAGUUGUCUUCAAUAGAUUAUCUGUACAUAUGUUCCAUGUGCAGACAUAGUAAGUGGAAAGAUCUUGCCUAUGCAUGUUUAUGUGUUUUUUUGAUCAGCAGUGAUAUGUUCCCAUUUGACAUCUUAUAACUAAAGUAUGUUAUUAAAGGAGUAUAUACAGGGAUUGAAUUUACGGACUAAUUACAUUUUGAAUGAUAUUCAAUACUAUGUUAAAGACAAUAUCCUACCAGCUGUAAUGGUGUUUGAUGAUGUAAUAGUGUUCUCCACGAACAUUCACAAAUUAUAGAAUUAUUUAAAGUGACUUUGGCUCUGAUAAUGAUGUGAUAUAUUGUUUCUGAUAAUGUUAUUUAUUUGUAAGUUUGAAAAUAAAAAUAAACAUGUUAUUU